AUGAGCUACAACGGUAUUGGCCUCCAGAGCGCUCGUGGCUCGGGCACCUCGGGCCACAUCCAGACGAACCUUGCCCACCCCGGCGACCACGACCACCACCCUUACGAGGCGCGCCAGCAAAGCGCCGCCCGCCACCGCAAGCACCAGACGGCGGCGGCGCACCACCACAAGCAGCAACAGGCCCGCGACCGCUUGCGCGACGAACACGCCGCCAAGCGGGCGCUCGAGGUCCGGUGCGCCGAGCUCCGCGACGAACUCGAGGACGCCAGCGAGGACGAGGCGGUGAUCACGGCUAAAGUGGCCGAGCUCCGGGCCCAGUUGAUCAAGGAGUACGACGUCGUCGACUACGUGCCGUUGAAACGAAGACGCCGCCAACCAAGCGAAACUGAAACAACCCACCCGCCACAUCCAAGCAAAACUGAAACCCACCAGCCACAUCCAAGCAGAACUGAAUCUAGCCACCCGCCACCACCAUCGCCACCGGAUGGCGAAGCUGACAGUGACCACGACUCGAGCUCCCUGGCGGCGGAGGACGCGGCGACGGUGACGGAGGUGCUUCUAAACUUGGCGAAAAAGGAUCAGGCCAAGGAUAAGUACGCUACCUGA